GACAACAACACGUAGGAAUGAAAACAUUCCAAAAGUAUUUAUACUUGUGUAUGUUUACAUUUUGUUAUCUAUUGCCGUAAUUUAGCUCUUUUUAAAUCUAACAUAAUGACAUUAUCCAGAGUGUUUUCAGAAUGAAGAUUGGUCAACUGUGUUCGGGUGGAGUACGAUUAAGACUCCUUUCUAACAGGAUAUCGUUUGUUAUAUUUGGCUGUCUACUGAUUGCUGUCUUCAUUUCUAUAAAUUUUUAUAUGUUUAAAGAUUAUCUGCAUUCACCAAUGUUCACACCACCUGAUAAAAUCAAUUACCAUGAUCCUGAUGACACAAAUUCCGGUGAAUGUUUAAAAAACUACUUUGAAGAUGUCCUAUUAAUUAUUGUUUACCACUUUCCAUUUUACGACUCAAUUCCUUUGCUCAAGUCAUUUUAUGGUGAUGUAUUUAAAAAUAUUUUGAUUUGUGGUCCAGAGUCAUAUUUUUACUCAUUUGUGAUGGUAGUAGAGGUCGGUCCUGGGCUGUAUGGUUACGAAUGCGCCGGUGAAGCUAUACGCAGGUACCCAGGUUAUCGGGGUUAUUUGUAUAUAAAUGAUGACAUGGUUGUCAACUGGUGGACUUUCUCAAAUCUUGACAAAGAAAAGUUUUGGCAAAGUGGGAUUCUUACGGUGGGUGAUAGUCAUAUUAUGGGAGAUCGACCAAUAUCAAACAGUUGGCCAUGGUGGAAUAUUAAAAGUAAAUCUGCUGAGGCAUGUGAAGACACUUACUUAGAAGUGACCCAUAAAUAUCAAUCAAAUAAAGUUAUAAAUAUUACGAAAUUGAUCAACAGACAUUUGGUAAAUGGCGAGGGAGAAAAACGUUGUUUUAAAAUGUGGUCAGACCUUUUCUAUGUACCCAAAAGGUUUAGUGAUCAGUUUCAGAGACUUUCCUUUAUAUUUCAUAAAAACAGAGUGUUCUUAGAAGUAGCGGUCCCGACAAUUAUGAGUUUCCUGGAUUUACGAGACUCGUGGGAAAAACAUUACGGAUUGUACUUGCCGGACAAGUAUGGCUCGAUUGAUUUUGGUGAUGGAAAAUUAGUUUGGAAGAACUAUAACUAUGAUCUUAGUUUAAUUCAUCCUGUGAAAUACCAUGGUAAAAUAGCGGAAAAGAACAGGGAAAAGUUGACAAACGACAUCAUACCAUAUUCUAAAAAGUUCACAAAAUGUUAGCAGUAUUUUAAUCCUAAUUCGU